AUGGCCUCUGAUGGCCAACCUGUAACGCAGCCUUUGCGUAUUGCUAAGAACAGCACUCCAUCUACAUCGCCAAUUAAGAGUAGCAUUCCACGUCCGUUGUCUGAGAUCUCAGCCACUGAACAACGACGAAACUCACCAAGCUGGAACCCUUCACCAAAGAAGAUGGGUCUUAAUACCGAUUCAUCUCCAUUCCAGUCAUCACCUCUGGACGGUACGACUUCACCGCGCCUGUUUUGGCAGAAUCGUAAUGUCAAUAAUCGCAUCGAAAACGAGUUGUAUGGGGGUCGCGCUGGUUCCCCGUCGCCCACUAGGCGUUCUUCUAUCGAGCGACUGCAGAAGGCGUCGCGUGUAAAAAAUAGCACCAUGUUCGCUCGAGAACAGAAGCAAGAGUACGACCCGAUGCGUAUACCAACAAUCGAGCGCCCUCUUGCUAAGGUCCAAGGUAAUGCUUUCGCAAAUAACUUUCGAUCAAGCCAUGGCCGCUCAGAUAGCCAGACCAGUAUAUCUCUAUAUACCCCUACAAAGACUGGUUCUCGCUCAUCUCCCGCUCCUACUGGCUCUCAACCCCCCAGCCCAAGCAAAGACCAGGCAUCUCCGACUAAAUCAUCACUUUCUUCAGCCCGCCUUAAGAGCAGUCAGGAUUUACAUAGUGAUGUUUUCUCGGACAUGUCAUUCGAAGACCAUGAACUCCCAAGUGGCAGGUCACUCCACCGCCACGCCAAGUCUGUUACCUUCGAUGCUGCCCCACCUCAGAUUAAUGAGUACGAAAUGGCAACCCCUGAUAUGUCUUCUGUUGGCACAAACUCGCGAGAAGGUAGCUAUGAGGAUGAUGAGGACGAUGAUGAUGACUAUAUCUAUGGCCAUUAUCCUGGGGGUGAGAUGGAUGCACAGGAUGAUAGUUUUGAUGCGACGCUAGAAGACACAGAUAAGACUCCAGUUGUCGGGCCUGAUGAUUGGCGUCAAGAUCGGGACACGCGCUUUGAUAGCAGUCCUAUGCCUGAGGGUGCAUUGUCACAAGCCAUGUCUCCACAAUCACAGCACUCCCGUACAGAUUCAUCAACAUCUAGCAAUGAGCAUCGACCUCUACCUCCUCUACCGGGAAUGGGUCAUGCUCGCUCCCAGUCUGCAUCUUCAAAUGGACUAUCUGCUACCGCAGAACGUAUGUUAGGCUCUCCUCGAAGUCUGCCUUCGCCACCUCCUGCUUCAAUAAGCAAGUCUGACAUACACAAUAUUGGCAAUGGUAGUAUGUCUUUGGAAGAGCGACUUAAGCUUAUGAUGCUGGACGAGACAAGUCCUAAGUCUGACAGCUCUGCAAAGACUUUUGCCGAACAACAACGAGAACGUCGCAUGCGACGAGCUGGAGCUCGUGAUAGGGUUACAAGCCCCACUCCUGACCAUCAUGAAGACCAUGAUGAUCAUGAGGAUCAUGAAGACCGAGAUGAUGAAGGCAAUGAGGAGGACGAUACCGUUGGUGAUCUAUCCGGACUAGAUAUGGAUUAUCAGCUUCCGAGCAUUUCUCGGCAAUCCAUACUGCGUCGUGUUAAUGGCAAUAGGACACUUGACCAAGAAUCUGAAUUCACAUUUUUGUCGCCGGGCCCUGAACCGGGCCUCACUAGCGACGCUCCUUAUGACCCUGAUGUCCCCAUCGCUAGUAUCGAAGACUCGAUUCUUGAUGAUGGUGAGGAGUCGAAUGAAGACAGUGUGGUUCACCAUGAGAGCGAAGAUGAUAAAGGUGACGUCUAUGACCUAUACCAACGGUCUGAAGAUGAAGAUACAGUGUCGCAAAAGGAUGACCAGGAUGACCAGGACGACAGUGAUGAUCAUGAUGAUCACAGUGGCCACGAUGACCACGACGAUGAUGAUACGGAGAGUCAAUACUCCGACGAAGUUGAGAGACCCCAGUCUGUGGAUGCACAGCCUGAAGAAGAGUCAGUCACAACUCCUCGAGCGGCGAGCCCAGCUCCUGAGGGUGCCAUUACAAACUUCAGCGCUACCCUUCCCCAGAUAACAAGUUCGUCUAAGGACGUAGAAUUCACCCGUAGCUUGCAGUCCCAUAUGCUUCCGAAGCCUAAGGAAGCAGGUGCUCUCACGCACUCGGAGAGUCACAAAGUGUCGGAUGCGGACUCUUACUUGCAACGGUCGAAGACCCCGGAAAGGCCUAUAUCGAAACCUGUAUAUGACGGUUCUGGAUGGGGAGAUCCUGAGGAGGAUGAGUAUGAAUCAGAGGAGCCAGGUACUCCCGAAUCCGUUAUCCACCAUCCUAUAUCUGAUGAUGACGAGGAGGAGGAGGAGUAUGAAGAUGAAAUUGAGGAGGUUGAGGAGGUUGAAGAGCUUGAGGAAGUUGAAGUCAGAGAAGCCGAAGAAGUCGAAGAAGUCGAAGAAGCUAAAGAGAUCGAGGAAUUUUUAAUCGAGUCGCCUGCCAUUCCUGAGCGGGAAGCCACCAUUAAAUCUUCUUCAGGCUCUAAGCUGAAGACUCGCGCUUCUGCCACCCCGUCCGACAUUAUGACCAUGCGUGAAGCUCGCCGACAAGUAAGCCGAGAAGUAGCACCUGUGGUCCCGCCAAUUCCUGACCGGCACCGUAACCGUCUUUCUCGAGAUUUAGCACCUGAUACUCUGGAGGUCCCCACUGGUGAUGAUUUUAUCGAGCGACACCCAAGCUUUAAGCAGCGUAGUUUAACUCUAGAUCUCGACUUGGGCCUUAGUCUUGAUCAGGACUUUGAGCGGGUCAUUGAGGCACAAAAGGUCAAUAACCAAUUCCUUCCCCACGCCCACCACCCCCUUACUGCAAUCAACGAGCCAAAAAGACAAGCGUCAGGCUCCGAUUCUCAAAACACCAAUAAAGUUAAUUCGUACCUUGAAACAAUUGAAACUAACAUUGAAUUUCCACGACAGCGAGGUUACCUUAUGCGCCAAAAUACAAAACUCGUUACUGCGAGCGACAAAGAAACCGAAGAAGCUCGACCUGGUACCCGUUCUGCCGGAAAUUCUCCAAUUAAGCAGCAACGCCCUCAGUCGUGGACUGUUGAACCUUGGAAUGGUAAGCACAGGAAAAGUAUCAAGAAGAGACACGCACCAAGUAUCGGCGGUCAAGUGCCACCUCUGCCAGGUCAUGAAAGCAAUUCGAUAGCGAUGAAUUCGUUACCCGAGGAAGAUAGCCACGAGCUAGCGACGGAAGAAUGUGGCGAGCGAGGCAGAUUGUUUGUCAAGGUGAUGGGCGUGAAAGAUCUUGACCUUCCCUUGCCCAAGAAUGAGCGAACAUGGUUUAGCCUCACUCUCGACAACGGAGUACACUGUGUGACCACAUCCUGGCUAGAGCUGGCUCGUAACGCUCCGAUCGGCCAGGAGUUUGAACUUGUUGUUCCCAACGAGUUGGAAUUCCAACUUACCCUCAACGUGAAGUUGGAGAAGCCUCCGCCUGAGCGCGUAACAGUCGCGCCAACCAAGGCUCUAAAACCCAAGCCAUCUACCUUUUCUCGUGUCUUCGCUAGCCCCAAGAAGCGAAAGGAGAUGGAAGCUCGUCAACGUGCCGAAGAGGAAGCCUACGCUCAGGCCCAGCGCGACGCUGCUACGAAGCAGAGGAAUGUUGUACCCACGGCGUGGGACCUACUAUCUCCUCUUGCGGCAGAGGAUGGAACCUUCGCACGCGCAUACGUCUGCCUUAAGGAGCACGAAUCCCGCUGCUAUGGACGACCUUAUAUGGCAGAGAUUGCGACUUUCAACGAAUGGGCUACCGAGGAGCCUAACUUUGCCAACAGCGUCAAGAGCAAGCGCUCUGGAGUUCCUAGCAACUCGGUUGUGCGUCGCGCACCCUACAAGAUCGGCAAAUUGGAAGUGCAACUUCUCUUCGUGCCGCGACCUAAAGGAUCGACGAAUGAUGACAUGCCAAAGAGCAUGAAUAUGUGCAUCCGCGAGUUGAAGGCAGCUGAGGAGAGACUGUCUAGGAACUGGGAGGGCCACCUAAGUCAGCAAGGAGGAGAUUGCCCCUAUUGGCGUCGCCGCUACUUUAAACUUGUUGGUACUAAGCUUACCGCUUAUCACGAAACAACUCGUCAACCUCGUGCCACAAUCAACCUCUCCAAUGCCAAGCGACUCAUUGACGAUCGACGGCAGCUGACUGACCCCGAGACCACGGGUCGUGGCGGCAAAAGACGUCGCUCUGCCUUCGCAGAAGAGGAAGAGGGCUACAUGUUUGUCGAAGAGGGUUUCCGUAUCCGCUUUAAUAACGGCGAGAUUAUCGAUUUCUACGCCGACACCCGCGAAGACAAGCAAGGCUGGAUGAAGGUCCUGGGCGAUGUCAUCGGUCGCACUGGAGAAGAGGAGGACAACACCAACGCUCCCAGUUCCCGCAGAAAGUGGUGUGAACUCGUUCUUAAGCGAGAAGAGAUGCUUCGAAAGCGCGCCGAGACCAGACGAGUUCAUUCGAGGACUAAGAGCAUGAUCGUCUAA